AUGUUGAUCGAAGCCGCUCAUGCUAUAGCAAGUCAAAAUAACCGCCUUUCGAAAUCUACCUACUUAUUAGACGAAAGCAAGAAUCCAAACAAUAUGUCUAUGUCUUAUUGUACAUUUAGCAAUAUUGUAGAACCGGAUUCAGUGGUUGAAGUGGGAUUCGAGAGUUCAAACCGCUUAGACAAGAACAAUGCUCUGGUUAGCGGAUGUGCUAGUAAAUCCCGAGCCGAUCAGGUGAACCGGCUGAAAACCGAGCGCCUUGAAGCUGAUUUGUUCCUUAUAAUUCAAGGACGAACCCGUAAGGUAAGUGAAAUGAACGAUAUCAUUGCUUCACUUGAAUGUAAACUUAAAACCACCGAGGCGACUAAUGACUCUCUGAGACAAUUAAUUAAUACCAUAAUAUCCAAUUCAAAACCAAACGAGUUUCUCCCCAGCAAUGUCCCUGCAGUGGGAGAUACUCAGUGCUUGCCUAGCCUAGAAGAACAAAUUAAUUAUGACCUUAUUCAUGAUCCAGAUGCACAAAAUAAUUAA